AUGCCUCUCCUGAAUUCUUGCAAUUGCCCUUGGGUGUGCAUUAGAGAUUUCAACUUCACCACUAGCGAUAAUGAAGUGCUUAGUGGAUUCAAAGGAGGUGGCUCCUCAUCCACCAACUAUCUAAAGGAUUUAAUUUAUGAGUUUGGAGCUGUGGACUUGGGUUUUUCUGGUAAUAAGUAUACUUGGGUGAGAGGUCAGUGGGGCAGUUCAGCAAUUAAAAGAAAGUUGGACAAAGAGAUUGCGAGCAUAUCAUGGCGGUUAACUUUCCCUAAAGCAUCGGUUACUCACUUGGGAGCCAUCAACUCUGAUCAUACCCCUAUCCUUUUGGACAUAAACCUAGAUGAUAGCUUUGCUCACAAACCUUUCAGGUUUGAAGCCGCCUGGGUAAGAGACAAUGGGUGCAACACAGUAGUGGAAAAGGCUUGGAAUGAAGUAUCAAGAGGAUCCGCACUUGUUAAUUUUUGUAAAAAGCAAGCCGCGACCAGAUCAGCUCUUCAGAAAUGGAAUAAAGAAGUUUUUGGGCAUUGUCAGGAUAAAAUCAAUGGACUGAUGGAAAGAAUAUCUGACAUAGAAAAAAACCCUCCCUCAGAGGACAAUGGCAGGGAUGAAGAAGCACUUUAA